AUGACCAUCGUUACAGAGUUUCGAAAUGCCUACAGUCAUGGCUCUGGUCCAGGUCUCGCCGCGGUAUUCACGCCAAUUGCGACCCCGAAUAGCCCACUUCGCUUGACCUCGUUCUACGAAUCCACCAACGCCCAAUACCUCACCCCGGACCUCACUGAAGCCUUGUUCCCAAGAAAAGUCCUCAAGCUGCCGAAAUCUGAACAACAUGCUUGGGUCAGCGUCUUUUCCGCAUACUGGGAAGCGGUGGGAGAGGUGUUAAAGUUCGAAAAUCGGCAUCCUGGGGCCAGUGCAGCGGCUAUUUUCAAAGCUUGGAAGAAGCUGGCUAUGGCGCUGAACAAAGGGUACACAGACGCCGGUUUCCCUGCCUGGACAUUACCGUGCAUGUACACCGUCGGCAAGUUCUUGCGUACCUUUGCGAUUAAGGCCGACAACGAGGCAGCCUCUCAGAGUUCGACGAGUUUUGAAGUCCUGGAUGACGUAGCAGCUGAUGUCGAGAAGAACGCUAACUUAGAGGAUGGCGCUCGAAUUAUCAAUCGCAUGUUUACCUUGUGCUUGACUGACCGUGCUCCCAUUGAAGAAUCUCGCAAGUGGGGGAUCUAUAAUAUCACAAGCCUGCUGUUUAAGACCUACUUCAAGAUCAACUCUGUUGGCCUCAGUAAGAACCUGCUCCGCGCGAUCAAUGCCCAGUCGCAUGAAUUGCCGCCAUUGGAAUCUUUUCCAAAGUCGCAUAUUGUCACAUUUGAAUAUUAUAUCGGCGUCAUUCACUUCUUGGAUGAAAACUACAUAGAGGCUGAAAAACAUCUCUCUGUUGCUUGGAGAAUGUGUCACCGCCAAGCACUUAAGAACCGCGAGUUAAUUCUCAUGUAUUUGAUUCCUUGCCAUUUGGUAACGACUCAUACUCUCCCCAGUGCAAAAUUACUCGCAAAUUUUCCACAACUCGAGUUGCUUUUCCGUCCUCUGUCGAAAUGCAUUCGAAAAGGUGAUCUUGUUGGCUUUGACACAGCCAUGGCCGCCGGUGAAGAGGAGUUUGUGAAGAGGCGCAUCUACUUGCCCCUGGAGCGAGGGCGUGACAUUGCCCUACGCAAUCUCUUCCGAAAGGUUUUCAUUGCGGGUGGUUUCGAAGAGCCUAAAGAGGGCCAGCCACCAAUACGGCGAACUCGUGUACCCGUUGUCGAAUUUGCAGCUGCGCUGCGGAUCGGGACCCACGCAACGGGCCGGACCCAAGUCGAUACCGAUGAAGUGGAGUGUUUGCUGUCCAACCUUAUCUACAAGGGUCUUAUGAAAGGCUACAUUGCCCGUGAGCGAGGCUUUGUUGUGCUGAGCAAGAACAAUGCCGCUUUUCCGGGGACUGGGGUUUAA